UGCGUGGUAUCUAUCAUGUUUACGUAUGUUAUCUGGCUAAUACUUUUACAAGCUGUUUACAGUUUAAAACUGGUGGAACUAAAUGUCCCUGCUGGCGUUGCACUUGGCGCCCCCGUGUGGAUGUAUUGUGGUUACGACUUGGAAGGUGACGAUUUGUAUUCAGUCAAAUGGUACAAAGACCAUGUAGAGUUCUACCGCUUUCUUCCAAGUGACCAACCUCCUGGACAGAAGUAUGAUUUGCAUGGAGUCAAUAUCGAUUUAGAAAGAUCAAAUCAAACCCAUGUCUUCCUUACCGAGACAAGCCUCAACACGGAAGGCUUAUUCGAGUGCGAGGUGUCGACAGAAGCGCCAUCUUACAGUACGGUACAAGUGGAUAAAACUUUGAAAAUAUAUGCUUUACCAGAGGAACCCCCUGAUAUCGAGGGUAAUCAGCCAACCUAUCAGAUUGGGGAAGAGGUGAACGUGACAUGUCAUUCAAAGUCGUCUAAACCCGUCUCCAUCCUGACUUGGUAUAUCAAUGGUAAAAAGGCAAAGCCGUCAUACAUAACAACGUACCCUAUUCAGGAACAGUUGAACGGGUUGAAAACAACUGCACUAGGCCUAACGUUUAUCGUCACAUACAGCCACUUCAGCUAUGGCGUCAUGCGCCUACGCUGUACAGCCUCUGUGACCCAGGAAUAUUCAACACAUAGCAAGGAACUCAUUAUUGGAGAGAGUAUUAAAGCAGACAAUUUUUAUUCAUCAAAUGUCGUCGUCCAAGACAUCGCCCCACGAGUAACAGGAGACAAAGGGAAGUACGUUGUGGGAGACAUUGUGGACUUGAAUUGUUCCUCUUCGCGCUUUACAAAAUCUCUAAGGCUCUCUUGGACUAUUAAUGGGAAACCGGCGAACAUCUCGUACCUUGUCAAAUACCCGGAUGUCCAUCAACAAAAUGGAAUCACGUUUUCUCAACUAGGUCUAAGAUUCAUUAUCACCCAAAAACACUUGCACGGUGAUGGUCUCAAAAUUAGAUGCACCGCUACCGUUGCCAAGGUGAUUGAUACAAACGAAAAAGAAGUGUUCAUUGGAGGCUUUCAACAAACAUCCGGGCUCCAUGUUGUAGGAAAUUUGGAAGCAGAUCUAGCCAAUGGACGAGUGGGUGUUUUUAUACCUUCUUGGACCUUGAUUCUAGGCCUACCUACGUUUGUGUUGCAAAUCCAAUCUUCAGCUUGAAAGUGAAUAUCUGGUAGAAAUAACAACCAUCUUUUAUAGAACGCAACUCGAGAUUCUAUUGUCAAGAUAACCAGCUCAGGAACUUUACGCUUCUCCAAAGUUUUACGAGCCGCAGAACCCGUAAAACCUAUAUGCGCUCCUUUUAAAUUGAAAUGAUAUGGACCUGAAAAAAAAAAUAUAUAUAUACAUAUAUAUAUAUGGUAAAAAAUUGAAACUUUUGGGGUAAGGUCGAAUGCAAAUGGUGUUCGAUACAACAGAGAACUUUUUCUAGGACUUAGCAUGUAUACUUGUUGAGGAUGUUUCAUUUGUUGGCUUAAAGCUAAAAAUAUUACAGGAUACGUUGCCACAACCAACUUAUGUUUAUCCCCUGUUAACUGGUAAUAGUCAUUCCUACAUUAACACAAAGAUCGAAAGUGGUUCCUCCGUUAGAAUUUAUCAUAACUUAGCGAGAAAGGUAUAUUAUGCUUCAGGUUUUUUCAAAUCGAUAGUUCUAACAGUUUCUUUUACACGUGGAAUCAGAUCCAUUUUCUUGACACAUUUGGCAAUACUUUUUUUAUCAAUUUCACAUGCGGUGCUAUCGAUCUAGAACGUUUGAUUCUUUUCCGAAGGUU